AGAGAGGAGAGAGGGGCGGAUGGGAAGGGAGAGGAAAAUAGAUAUAAAAUGGGCAGAAAGGGGAGGCUUUUUUAUUUGAGUUCGGCGGAUGGGAUGGCAGAAAGAAAGCUGCCGCGAGAGAUGAGCAGCAGCAGCAGCAGCAGAGAGGGCUCUUAGAUUCGGGUUUCGGUGGUUCUGAUCAUCGAUCGUCUUUUGUUCCGUAAUCUUGGCGAAGCCAUGGCGUCUGGGUUCCAGGGGCGCGAUCUCCGCGGUGGGUUCGGGUUCGGGGCUGGAUCCGCGAUCCAGAUGCCGCCGUUCACGAACCGAUCGGAGCCCGCCGGUGGCGAAGGAGGAGCCGCGGCGGCCGGAGGUGUACUGAAGCGGUCGCUCAACGAGAUGGAGUGGCAGCAGAGGUUGCAGUAUCAGCACGCUCUUUUUCUCCGAUCGGUGAGGCAGAGGACCCAUCUUGCCUCUCCCAUCUCCCCUCUCUCUAUGGUCGAUCUCUCGUCGUCGUCGGCGUCUUUUUUCCCCCCGGAUCUCUCCACUCUCACCCCAUCUUCUUCUUCUUCUUCUUCCGCUCUGUCUGGCUCUUGUAUUUCUUCUGGUUUGGGCGGACAUGUGAGAAGGCAGCAGCAAAACCCGAACCCGCCGGAUUUCUCCUUCUCGGCGGCGGCUGCGCCGUCUUGCGUGACCGAGUCGGAGAACAAGUCCACCACGAUGCGGAACCGGCUGCUCGAGUUGGAGAGGCGGCUCCUUGACGACGAGGACGAGGACGAGGUCAGCGCGUCGGGUUGCUCGGCGGUGACCACCAGCGAGUGGAGCCAGACGAUGCAACAGCUCAUCUCCCCGCCACCGCCGGCCGCGUCGGCAGCCCAGAACCCGCUCUCCCCUUCGCCGACCACCUCCUCCUCCUCCACUGCAUCCUCCUCCGCCUCCUGCUCCCCUCCCUUGGCCACGCCCUCGCGGCAGAUGCUCUCCGACACCGUGGCGGCGAUCGUGGACAGGAAUCUGGAGGCCGCGGCGGCGAAUCUCUCUGUGCUGAAGCGGGCAGCGAACCCCCACGGCGAUCCCGAACAGCGGCUCACGGCGAUGAUGGUGGCGGCGCUGUACUCGCGGAUAGAGCAGCCGCCGUCGUCCGGGGCGCUUCGUCAUCCGUUUGCUGAGCUCUGCAGCGCCAAGCACCUGGCGGCCACCCAGAUGCUCUACGAUCUCUCCCCCUGCUUCAAGCACGCCCUCUUCGCCGCCAAUCUCGCCAUCCUCGAGGCCACGAGGGAUUACUCCAGGAUCCACAUCCUCGACUUCGACCUUGGGCAGGGGAGACAGUACGUCUCCCUCAUCCACGCCCUCGCCGAGCGCCACCGCCACCAUCCCUCCGCCAGGCCCCCCUUCAUCAAGAUCACCGCCGUCGCCGACCCGGCCUCGCCAUUUAACUUCUUCAACAACGGCAGCGGCGGGCUGAGGAUGGUCGGCGACCUGCUGGCAAAGCUGGCACAGCGGUCCGGGGUGGGGCUGCGGUUCAACAUCGUGUGCCGGCGGGUGGCGGAGCUGAAUGAGGCGGCGCUGGGGUGCGAGCCCGGGGAGGCCCUGGCGGUGAACCUGGCGUUCGUGCUGUCACGGGUGGCGGACGAGAGCGUCACCCCGGCGAACCCCCGCGACGAGCUCCUCCGUCGGGUGAAGUCCUUGGGGCCGCGGGUGGUGGUGCUGGUGGAGCAGGACAUGAACGGCAACACGGCGCCAUUCGCGGCGCGGUUCGCGGAGGCGUGCGGGCACUACGGGGCGCUGUUGGAGUCGCUGGAGGCGUCGGUUGGGCGGGAGAGCGGGGAGCGGGCGCUGGUGGAGGCGUGCCUCGCCCGGAAGGCGGCCAACUCGGUGGCCCGGGAGGGCGCGGACCGGGUCGAGCGCUGCGAGGUCUCUGGCAAGUGGCGGGCACGCAUGGGGAUGGCCGGCUUCCGGUCCGUGCCACUCGGCCCGUCCGUGGCCGAGCCGGUCAAGGCCAGGCUCGCCGCCUCGCUCCGGUCCAAACCCGGGUUCACGGUGAAGGAGGAGGCCGGCGGACUCUGCUUCUGCUGGUCGGGCCGAGUCCUCACGGUCGCUUCCGCGUGGCGUUAGGCUGAGGUUGUCAUCAUUAUUAAAUAUUAUUAUCAUUGUUGUUAUUAUUAUUAUGAUUGUUGUUGUUGUUGUUGUUGUUGUGGUUAUCACCAACUUCUCUUUCCUUUCUAAUUUUGCUGAUUAAUGAUAAUAAUAGUACUAAUUCAUAUAACAU